AGCUGCUUCUCUUUCUUGCAAGAACCUAGGCAAAAACGAUACAUUAAUCAUUAAUAUGAUCCACGCAAAAAGAGUUACGAACAACCCAUAAUAGAAAGAAGCCGUGUUUUACAUCCAAAAGUUGGUAUAUUCUCUUCCUCUUUUAGCCUUCCUCUCAUCAUGUUUGGGUCGAACUCUUUCUUGUAUCUGAGUUGAGAUUCAAGGAAUUGAGUUCUUGAACUUUCGUACGUCUGUCCGUAAAGGGACAGGAUUCUGCUGUAUAAGUAUAUACCAGCAAUCUUGCGAACGAGGAGAAAACUACUGCGUACAGAGUGAGAGAGAGAGAGAAGUGAGUUGGGAAUGAGAGUAGGAGGGUGACAUGGAUUUCUGGCCGGAGUUUCUUGCGAGUAGUUGGGGAAGAGAGUUUGUGGCCGGAGGAUUUGGCGGCACAGCCGGUGUUAUAGCCGGUUAUCCGCUGGAUACACUAAGAAUACGGCAGCAGCACUCCGGCAAAGGCUCGGCUUUUCAAAUCCUCCGCCGUCUUGUGGCCAGCGAGGGACCCUUUGCCCUCUACCGGGGCAUGACUGCUCCCUUGGCUUCUGUAACUUUCCAGAACGCAAUCGCUUUCCAGACCUAUGCAAUACUAUCUCGAGCAGUUGACGGGUGUGCUGCACCGGAUGAUCCACCCUCAUACAAAGGUGUUGCUCUGGGAGGAAUCGGCACUGGAGCAAUACAAAGCCUACUUCUCAGCCCUGUCGAGCUGGUGAAAAUCCGUUUGCAGCUGCAGACGAGAAGUUGUGACAAAAGCAAUGCAUCAGGCAGCCACAAGGGUCCAUUAGAUGUUGCAAGAAGCAUAUUCAGAAGUGAAGGUUGGAGAGGUAUAUACCGAGGCUUAACCGUCACGGUGCUCAGAGAUGCACCAGCCCACGGUGUUUACUUCUGGACGUAUGAGUACAUGAGGGAACAGUUCCAUCCUGGGUGCAGGAAAAACGGCCAAGAAACAUUUGCAACAAUGCUGCUUGCAGGCGGUUUGGCGGGCGUGGCUAGCUGGAUUUGCUGCUACCCAUUGGACGUGAUCAAGACGAGAAUUCAGGCGCAUUCACAUUCGUAUUCUGGCAUUGUUGAUUGCUUUAGCAGGAGCGUGAAAGAAGAGGGGUACAAUGUGCUUUGGAGAGGUCUGGGGACGGCUGUUGGGAGGGCAUUUAUCGUGAAUGGAGCCAUUUUUACUGCCUACGAGACAGCACUGAGAUGCAUAUUCUGUAAUGGCAAUGGUAGUUCUGCAGACGUUCAGACAGAGAAUGCUUUGUAGGUUAGAAGCUCCUGUUUGUUGGAUUGAGCUGUCUGAGGAGCAGAGCAGUUAUCGUGAGCAAAAU